AUGUACAACCAGGCCAAGUACGGCCCCGUGGACGUCAUUACGGGCGACUACCUCGCGGAAGUGAGCAUGGCUGGCAGUGCGAUGCAGCAUGCGUCAAAUGGCACUGGCUGGAUUCGAUCCGCAUUAGACGGCAUCCAGCUAUCCCUAGAUCUCAUCAACGAAAAGCGAAUCAAGGUAGUCCUCAACGGCGGUGCCAUGAAUCCAAAGGUCACCUCACUUCCAUGCCUCACUGCUGACAGACCGGGCAAGGUCCAUAGCAGAGGCUAUAAGCUUCGUGUAGGCUACGUCGAAGGCGACGAUCUGAUGCACAAAGUCCACCAUUUACUUUCAAAGCCUCUCCCCCAUCUCGAUAGCGCAAAUCCCGAUGUUCGGUAUGACAAAGACACCACCUCGUUUCUCGAUUCACCAGAGGAGAUGCCAGUCGUCGCCGCCAGCGCAUACCUCGGCUAUCGUGCCAUAAAAAAGGGCUUGGAUGAAGGUGCGGAUAUUCUCAUCUGUGGCCGUGUUUCUGAUGCCUCGCCAGUCAUUGGAGCAGCGGCAGCGUGGUAUAACUGGUCUGAAUCAGACUUUGAUCGACUCGCCGGGUCCCUGAUCGCAGGUCAUUUAAUCGAAUGCUCGACUUAUGUCACAGGUGGCAACUUUCCCGGUGCAUAUAAACAUCCUCCCAGUGAUUUCUUGCGUCUGGGUCCGGGCAUUGCGGAGAUUCUCCCCAACGGCGAGUGCAUCAUCACUAAACACGAUUCUCUGAACGGCUUUGUUACUCCCGACACAGUCAAAUGUCAAUUUGUCUACGAGCUGCAGGGAAACAUUUAUCUCAACAGUGAUGUAAAAGCGGAUGUUUCCAACAUUAACAUCGUCAAGGAAUCCAAGGAUCGAGUCCAUGUGUCAGGCGUCAAAGGCUACCCUCCCCCGCCUACAACCAAGCUUGCCAUCUUCUACAAGGGAGGAUAUCAGUGCGAGCAUUUGCUCAAUGCAAGUGGAUAUGCCACAGAUCACAAAUGGGACAUGCAGGAAUUGCAGUUGAAAGAUACGCUGAAAGAAUGGGGUAUACUCGACAAGUUUGACGUCUUGGAAUUCCAACGAAUCGGCACCGACAUGAAGGAUCCUGAUUCACAAUACGCUUCUACCACAUAUAUGCGAAUAUUUGCGCAGUCUAAAGAUAAAGAUGUGCUCAGCAAAAUGCACAAGGCGUGGCACUAUCAAUUCAUGGCUCACUUUCCAGGAAUGCAUUACUCGAUGGAUACACGCUUACUAGCACCAAAGCCGUUUCUUGGCUACUAUCCAGCCAUCAUACCUCAAACCGAGAUUGAAGAGGCUGUCACCAUACUCGGCAACAGCUUAGCUGAGCAGAGUAUUCGCUAUGCUGUCCACCCACCCAAGCAGACAGAGCCGCUAGCACGACGAGAGAAUUACGAGGCGAUAAGUCCCGUGCCUCUGGAAAACUUUGGCACAACUAUCAAUGUACCACUGGGGGAUCUCGUACUCGCCCGCUCUGGCGACAAAGCAGGCAACAUAAACAUUGGCUUGUUUGUGCAGACACCCGAGCAGUGGGAAUGGUUCCGCUCGUUCAUGACCAAGGAUAGGCUACGCUCUUUGAUGAGAAAGGAUUGGAAGGACUGGUACUUCCUUGAGAGGGUGGAAUUUGCUAACAUCUAUGCUGUGCAUUUUGUCAUCUAUGGGUCGCUGGGUAGGGGCGUUACAAGCUCAAGUCGGCUGGACAAUCUGGGCAAAGGGUUUGCAGAGUUUAUUCGGGCAGUUCACAUUGAUAUCCCCCAAAAAUUUCUCGAAGAUAGUGCUCGCUCGACAAAGCUUGAGCACUUGUAG